AUGCCCGUACCAGGCGGAGUCUACCAGAGUCAAGGACCAUCUUGUUUCGAUAAAAUGAAAAUGGGCUUCAUGAUUGGAUUUUGUGUCGGAAUGGCGAGCGGCGGCCUCUUCGGUGGUUUUACAGCUUUGAGAUAUGGAGCUAGAGGAAGAGAAUUAGUACAUUCCGUUGGAAAAGUUAUGCUUCAAGGUGGAGGAACUUUCGGCACAUUUAUGGCCAUCGGAACUGGAAUACGCUGUUAA